GCACUCACUCGGACUCGCUAAUCAGAUCUCUCGACCACCUUUACGAGUUUUGAUCAUGGCUCAGAUGAUUCGAAUGAAGAUCCAAUCUGUGUUGAUUCCCCAAGUUUACCGGCCGCUCUUUGCAGAAGGUUAAGGUCGUCCCCGUGAGAAUGCGCCGAUUCAAGAGACUCAAUAGUCGUUAAGUAAAGUCUUCUUAUUUUUUACCAAAACAACUAAUGAUUGCUAAUUGGACAUUCGUAGGUUUCUUUGUUAGGUGGUGAUUGUUCAAGUUGCUAUCAAAGUCUUUGAAUUCACAUUAAAAUAUUCUAACCAAGGAAGACUGUCAAAUGUCAAAGUCAAGUUUCAGAAAGAGACUUUUAACGAAAAUGACAAAGAGCUUGUCUUGUGUUAUAUGUCGGCCAGUGAAAAAUGCUUUGCCUUUACUCUCGUUUAUAAAGGUUUGACUAUUGAAAAACCAAAUAAUAUUGACAAAGGACUCCUCUCACAUAUUCAACGACUUCAUUUAAUUGUCCCCACUACCUUUUUUCAGUGGAAUUGCAUUUUGAGUUUGCUUCUUUCUUUAUUAACCUUAAAGGCUUUAAACUUACUCUCGUUUUCUCUUAGUUUAUGUUGAAGAAGAAGAAGCUAUGAAGCCGUCUCUUUCACUUGCUCUACUCAUGUUCUUUGAAGCUUUCACGGUUCUCUUUGCUCAACCCAGGUUUUCGAGUGAGACCGACACGAAAGCUUUGCUUGAGUUCAAGUCCCAAGCCGCUGAGAACAAUACUGAGGUCUUGUCCUCAUGGAACAGCUCCUCUCCGCUCUGCAGCUGGACUGGUGUUACAUGCGGUCGGAAGCGAGAAAGAGUUGUGAGUCUUGACCUCGGAGGAUUCAAGCUAGCUGGUGUGAUCUCACCCUCCAUCGGUAAUCUCUCUUUCCUCAGAGUGCUUAAUCUCGCAGACAACUCUUUUACAAGUACUAUCCCUGGAGAGGUGGGGAUGCUGUUUAGGCUUCAGUACUUGAACAUGAGCUUUAAUCUUCUCCAAGGAAGGAUUCCUCCAAGUCUCUCCAACUGCUCUACACUCUCGACACUUGAUUUAUCCUCAAACCAGAUUGGACACGAAGUUCCUUCAGAGCUAGGUUCGCUUUCUAAGCUUGUCAUCCUCUCUCUUGCUACGAACAACCUUACCGGGAAGUUCCCGGCGUCUUUAGGAAACUUGACUUCACUACAGAAGCUUGACUUUGCUUAUAACGACAUGGAAGGAGAGAUACCAGACGAUGUAGCUAGAUUGACUCAAAUGGUGUUUUUCCAGAUAUCACAGAAUGGUUUUUCAGGUGUUUUUCCUCAUGCGUUGUACAACAUCUCCUCGCUUGAGUCUCUAUCCCUAGGUGGCAAUAGCUUUACAGGUGAACUCAGAGCUGAUUUUGGUGAUCUUCUUCCAAACCUAAGAACGCUUCUUUUGGGAGAAAACAGAUUCACCGGAGCUAUCCCCAUAACACUGACCAAUAUCUCAAGCCUUGGAAGGUUUGAUAUCUCAUCUAAUAACCUGACAGGAAGCAUCCCUUUGAGCUUUGGAAAGCUACCUAACCUGUGGUGGUUAGGGAUUGCUCAAAACGCUCUGGGAAACAACUCGUUCAGUGAUCUUGAGUUUCUCCAUGGUUUGUCCAACUGCACUCAGUUAGAGUUCUUAGAUGCUGGUUACAACAGACUUGGAGGUGAGCUGCCUGCCUCCACAGCCAAUCUGUCCACCACUUUGACUAGUCUAAACAUGGGAGGAAACCACAUCUCUGGAACCAUUCCUCGUGACAUCGGUAAUCUCGUAAACCUGCAAGUACUCAGUUUGGAAGCAAAUAUGUUGACAGGAGAGCUUCCUGUCUCUUUCGGGAAGCUUUUGGAAUUGCAGGUGCUUGAAGUGUACACAAAUGCAUUAUCUGGGGAGUUACCGUCUUACUUUGACAAGAUGACUCAGCUGCAGAAGAUUCAUUUGAACAGCAAUAGUUUCCAAGGAAGAAUCCCCAAGAGCAUUGGAGGUUGUAGAAACUUGCUAGACUUAUGGAUUGAUACAAAUAAGUUGAAUGGGAGUAUACCUCGGGAGAUACUGCAGAUUCCAUCUCUUACUUACUUAGAUCUGUCAAACAAUGUCUUGACAGGUUCUUUUCCGGAAGAAGUUGGGAAGUUAGAGCUGCUUGUUGGACUAGCUGCUAGCGACAACAAGUUAUCAGGUCGCAUUCCGCAAACUCUAGGUGGUUGUCUCUCUUUGGAGUUUCUCUAUCUGCAAGGGAACUCGUUUGAAGGAGCCGUUCCAGAUAUAAGUCGGUUGGUCAGUUUAUCAAAUGUUGACUUCUCUAGAAACAAUCUCUCUGGCGGCAUACCUCAGUAUCUCGCCAAGUUUCCUCAGCUGAAAAAUCUGAAUCUUUCGAUGAACAAGUUCGAGGGAAGUGUGCCUACAACAGGAGUGUUUAGAAACGCUACUGAAGUUUCUGUUUUCGGAAAUAAAAAUCUAUGCGGAGGGAUCAGAGAAAUGCAACUAAAGCCAUGCGUUGCAUCAAGGCCGAGAAAGCCUCUUUCAAUUCGAAAGAAGAUUGCAAGUGGUGUUGGUAUAGGUGUGGCCUUACUUUUGUUGAUCAUAAUUGUAGCUGCUCUGUGUUGGUUCAAGAAGAAGAAGAACAAUACCAGUAGUACUAACCUAUCUCAUUCCACUACUAUGGGAAAGUUCUAUGAGAAGUUAAGUUAUAAAGAGCUUUACGAUGCAACCGGUGGCUUCUCUUCAGACAAUCUGAUUGGUUCAGGCAACUUCGGUAACGUGUUUAAAGGAGUGCUUGGUCAUGACAAUAAACUCGUCGCCGUUAAAGUUUUGAACCUCUUGAAGCAUGGAGCAACGAAAAGCUUUAUGGCGGAAUGUGAAACUUUCAAAGGUGUAAGGCAUCGAAACCUUGUGAAACUGCUAACGGUUUGUUCAAGCCUUGAUUCUGAAGGAAAUGAGUUCAGAGCUCUGGUCUAUGAGUUCAUGCCGAAAGGAAGUCUGGAUACGUGGCUGCAUCAGCCAGAAGAUCCCUCGAGAGCUUUGACAAUUCCAGAGAAACUAAACGUAGCGAUAGAUGUGGGUUCCGCUUUGGAGUAUCUUCAUGAUCACUGUCAUGACGCGAUAGCUCACUGUGAUCUUAAGCCAAGCAAUGUUCUUCUUGACGAUGACCUUACAGCUCAUAUUGGUGACUUUGGUUUGGCUAGGCUUCUCUAUAAAUUCGAUCGAGAAUCCUUCCUAAGUCAAUUUAGUUCUGCUGGUGUUAGAGGCACCAUUGGAUAUGCCCCACCAGAGUAUGGAAUGGGAGGGCAGCCAUCGAUAAAAGGAGAUGUGUACAGCUUUGGAGUUUUGCUUUUGGAGAUGUUCACCGGAAAGAAACCGACGGACGAAUCAUUUUCAGGGGAUUAUAACCUCCACAGCUACGCAAAGUCGGUGUUGUCAGGAGAUGAGAAGGAGCGUGGAAGCAGCAAUGCCGUUGAUGAGUGGUUGAGACUUGUUUUGCAGGUGGGAAUAAGGUGUGCUGAAGAAUAUCCGAGGGAUAGGAUGGGUAUGGCUGAAGCACUACGAGAAUUAGUCUCAAUUAGAUCUAAGUUCUUCAGUACCAAGACCAAUAUUGAAGAGUUAAGUCCGCGGGACGCUGUCCAAAGUUCUCCUCAGGAAUGGAUGUUAAGCGCUGACAUGCAUACAAUGUAGACCAAAACAUAUGACAUCACAAUCACCUUCUCUACUACUUAUGUGUGCCUGCUUCUGCUUAAUCCCAAACAGAAGCCCACUCACCCUCUUCUGUUUUUUUUGUUGUUUUUGACUGUUUUCUUAAAUAAGGUCUUCUUCCAUUUGGAAGCAUUUAAGAUUGAGCGAAACUUGUUUGUAAAAAAAAGCUCACUAGUAGCAAAACUUACUUGACAAAGUUUCUUUUGCUUGAACGCUAGACAAAGUUCACUCAUAACAAGACAAGAUUACUAAACAAUGACAUUACAACACGCCACAAGAUCUAGUAAUGUGAUUAUAACAUACCUUUGUUACAGAAUUUUGGAAUAAAAAGAAUGAUAGAACUCAAACAAUUAGAACUUUAAGAGGAUUAACCGAAUUAAAUGGAGCUAAAAAAAAUAAAAAAAAUAGAUUUUAAUUUAAUUAAAAAUUAUUGUUUAAUUUGAAAAAAUAAUAUGGA